ACACCAUAGGGGCGGGGCCGUGUUGGGAGAGUGGCGUGGGAGGGCGGGGCCACAGUUUGGAGGGGGCGUGGCUACGCCGGAAGGGGGAGGGGCUGGGCAGCGUAGCGUCAUUACGUGGGCGGGGCGACUUUACUUUGACGCGAUUGGGCUCCCACGACGGCCGCGUGCAGCAGAAUCGCGUCUCCAAACUUCAAGAUAUUUUUGUUUUUCUCAACGCAAGAUGGCGACAAAUCUCCUCAACAAUCGCUAUGCGGUUUUGGAAAAACUGGGUGAAGGAACAUUUGGCCAGGUGUUCAGAUGCUGGGACCACAGGAACCACAAGGAGAUGGCCCUCAAGAUGAUUGACUCCACAUUAAGCGUCACGGACGCGGAAGUAUAUAACGAGGCUGGCUUCCUCAAGAUGUUGAGACACAAAAGCAUCAUCCGGCUUGAGGAAAACUUCGUCGUGGGAGAUUACCAUUAUCUCGUGUUGGACUACAUCAACGCGGGCAGCCUCUUUGACGUGGUGAACUCGAACGGAGCAUUUACUCUGUCCUCCGUCAAGAGAUACGCCCGAUCCCUGAUGGAAGUGCUGGCCUUCCUGAAGAAGAACGGCGUAGUCCAUGGGGACCUCAAGCUGGAAAACAUCUUGGUGAAAGAUCACCACACGGCAGCCAUCCGAUUGGCCGACUUCGGAGGAAGUUUUUUUGAAUAUGAAUUUCCCGAUGAUUUCUUUGGGACGCCCGGAUACAACGCUCCCGAAGUCUUGCUGGGCCAGCCGUUUGGAACAUCAAUUGACAUGUGGGCUGCCGGGUGCAUACUAGCUGAGAUAUCUGUCGGCAAACGACUGAUGUCAAUGAGCAGCGAGAGUCAGGAGAUCGCUGGCAUCACAAAGAUUGUGGGAACACCACCCUUUGAGAUGCUGCACGCUGCACCAGACGGUCCUCGGUAUUUCAACUUCUUUGGGCAACUGACCAAGGAAUGUCUGCAGGAGACCCCUCAGUGUUGCCCGCUCAAGGAGUUUCUGAAAACGAGAGACCCAUUGUUCCUGGACUUCAUCAGCUCCAUCCUAUGCUGGAACCCAAAUGACCGUCUAACUCCGAAAAGUGCUCUCAAGCACCCAUGGAUGAGUGCAGCUCCAGCUCCACCACCUGGACUUCACCAGGCACCAGCAUGCAAGAUCAACUCCCAUCUGGCUCCUGCAACCAAGACCUUCCCUAUUCUGGACCCCUACAACAUCCCUUCCAAGACAAUGGACCCCUACCAAUUAUGCUGGCUGGAUUCGGACCCCAACAACUUCUUCAUCCCGGCUCCAGCACCUUGCCACCUUCCCUCAAUUCCACAACUUACUUCUCCUGGCCAAAUUCCAGUCGAAUCAUUUUGCUGCAGCUCUUCCGGAGUGGCAAUUCCCAUUUUGGCCACUAAGGUGUCCACUGCCACUUUCCUUCCAUCUCCAGCCGCCGUUGCAGUCCCCUUAAUUGAGCCAAGGACUGACGCCUUCCUGGCUUCUGCUUCUGUUGCAUUAAGCGCCGGAACCAUUUUGGAUGUGGAGAUGCCUACAGCCACUAGCUCAACAUCCACCACAAAAUGCAGCAUUCAGGUGGAAGAUGUGAACACUGCUGUGUCUUCGACAGCAUCAAUUGCUGACCCCCUCCCAGAGUCGGAGACCAGAAUUGAUGCGGACAUCAAGCCUCUGGAUAUUGAGGAAUUUCAUAUUUCAAUUGAGGCAGUCGAUGAGGCGACCCAAAAUGGAGCCGAGACGAGCAUGGGCUCCAUAUUGUCUCUGCCUAUAAACGCAGACGACACUGUUAACCCUCUCCUGGAGUCCGAGAGCACGGUUAAGGCAGACUCUAAGCCUCACGAUGCUGAACAAAUGAAAGCCAUGGCAAGUGGGAACCACCAUGCCGUGACGCUGCAGCCCCUCGUCCCACCUCAUCAAAAGUCCUUCUGA